UUCAAUUCAGUUAAUGAAAAUAAUGAAACUGUUUCACAACCGCAAAGAAGAAAAAUUGAAAAUCCCGCUUUGGAAGAACUUUUAAGAAAUAUAAUGUUAAUUGAAAUUGUAAAGAAUUUGCUCAAGAAUACCAAUCUUGAAAUAUCUGUCUAG